UUAUAUCUAAUUUCUAGAUACCGAUCCAUUUUUCUCUUCUUUUUUGGUAGUUUUAUUUUUCUUUUUCGUUUGAAAGGAGGGUUUUCUUAAAUUUCUAGUUUUGAGUGGGGAUUCUGUGGAAUCUAGUGAAGGGUCAUUUUGGAGUUUAGAUUUGUCUAUGUAGUAAGGAUUAAGGAAUUUAUGUUAAGCUUCAGGUGCCAUGUGAGAUGUGUCAUGUCUUUUAACUUUGUUCUGUGACGUGGCUGCUGUAGAUUGGGUUAUUGGUGUUGGGAAAUGAAAAUUUUCAUUUACGUGUAGCUCUGGAAUGCUUAGCUUUGUCUGAUGCAUUUAAUUAUCUUUUUUUAUGUACGUAUGGUUUGAGAUUGUUUUUCACUCUUAGAUGCUUGAAUUUUGAAUAAUUUUUAAGGCUGGUCUUGGUUGCAGUACUGUUGCUUGAACUGAAAUACCACUCUAUCUAUGAUAUUUGUUUUCUGCAUUUGAGUUUUGUUGUAAGAACUAAUGGUUUAUAUUUCAUGCCUCAUUCUUUAUGAAUAUUGCUUCAUCAGUUGUUUCAUUCCUCCUUCCAUGGAAAUUUACACCCUUCAUUUUCUGUUUGAAAAUAUAGAUAGGAUUUUAUUGAUUAUAACUUAUGAAGCAUAGAUAGCUCAAUUUACAUAUUCUGUUGUAUUUACUACAAAUAUCAUAUCCAUGCACUAUAGAUUUUAAGACUAGUAAGAUACUGAAUAACAAUAUACUCAUGAAGUUCACCACAGACCAGAGCAUUGGGAGGGAGAAAAACAUAUAUUUUCUUGAAAAAACUUUUAGUAUGUUAGAAAGCAGUUUGAUGAUGUCAAUUCUAGUUAUAUGGUAUGCGUUUUGGAUGUUAUUGUUUGCAUAGUUCAGUAUUAGUUACAUUACAUUAGUUAUAUCCUGAUGUUUCCUGAUUAACAUGAAUUGCACAAUUAAGAAAUCUGGUCAUUAAGAUUUGUCAUAUGUAUGAAUAUUCUAAAGUAUGACAUGGAAAAAGUAAUAAUAAGAAACUAAUGAGUGUUCUGUGUAAACUUCAGGUGAAGAAAAUGAUUCUCACUAAGCAGUAUCGAUGUGUACAUUCAGCUAGAUGUCAAUGCACCAAGGGACAUUUAAGUGAAGAUGUGAUAUUCUUGGUGUUUCAGCGUUUGAAUUGGAACCCCAAUCUAAUUGCUACACUGUCGUGUGCAUGCAAAUGGUUUGAUGAUAUUGCAAAGAGGGUUUUAUGGAAAGAGUUUUGCAGAACAAGAGCUCCUAAGAUGAUGCUUGAUCUGCAAUCCAGUGGAAGUCACAGUGCAGAUGGGAACUGGAGGGCUCUGGGGAAGCUUCUCAUAUUCUGUUCUGGUUGCACACAAGGUGGUUUGUUCGAUAAUGUUGAGGUUCCUGGUCAUUUUGUUAACAAGACUCGGUUUUCUAAAACACUAGGAAAGAGCUUUCUCAUGCCACAGUGUCUGAAUGAUGUUUUGUAUGUGUCUGAGCCUUGUGAGCAUAUUGACCAAGGUGAAGCUGGUGAUUUAGGAUUCUUCAGAGGAAUUUUCAAGUCGUUUGCAUCAUCAAACGUUAAGAAGAUGAUAAUUAACAGAGGUGCACAGCUCCAUCCAACCGAGAUUUGCCCCUAUUGUAAGGCUAAGUUGUGGAGUAUGCUACAGGCCAAUAUGAUUCCACAAACUGCUAAGUGCAGGUUGGGUUCCCAUAAAGAUUAUAUUGAGUAUUAUGUCUGCCUAAAUGGUCACUUGCUUGGGGUCUGCACAUUGUUACCACUGUCUGAUUCAGAGGAUGUAUCUGAAAAUGAGUAAGAUAUUAAUGAUUCUCAGAUUGGAAUUCAAUCUUAACAUGAAAUUUGGCUGAGCGCAGUGCUGUUUGCUCAAGGGUGAAAUUGUGCUCAGCAACAGCUAUAAGUCUCAUUUUGAUUCAAACCUCCACAUUGCAUUAUGCUUCAUGUUGCUGUCUCAACUCAUGCCAGCAUUUUCCACUGAUUAUAAAUAUUGCCAACAUUUUUUUUAAUAAAUCAAUAGAAGGUGGUUCUUUACUUAGAACUAUGUGGUACACUGAAUUGUUUUGUUAGUCCACAUACUUUCAGUCAAACAUGGACAACAUCUUUAUAUUUUUUUGUCAGACAAGAACAGAGUCUUGUAUUUAGUU